GGUUCCAUCUUGUCUCCUCAGAGUUCGUUGUCUGUAGGAAGUGACAUCGACUUGACGGACACGCCCACCCCAGUGUUUCCUCUACGAAGGUCUUCGGACGCCAAUCAGGAGGCGGCGGGGCUGGAGGUGUUGAUGUCCAGCUGCUCUCUGUGUCGCAGCUGUAACUCGUUGGUUUAUGACGAGGAGAUCAUGGCGGGCUGGACGUCUGACGACUCCAACCUGAACUCGUCGUGUCCAUUCUGCGGCGCCACCUUCGUCCCGUUCCUGAACGCUGAGAUCUGCGACCUCGGGCCAGUCAGCAGUUCGGAGCGCAGCACCUGGAACGUGGAGGAGGAGGUGGAGAGCUCCGUGAGGCCCCCCAGUGGUCACGAGUCCUCCCUGCGUCUUCAGUGUAACGGUCUGAGUGAGGAAUCGAGCUCUGAGACCAGCAGCUACUCGGAGAACAGCAGAACCACCACGGCUUCGUCAGCGGGUGGGGGUCCUCAGGUGACGGUGGCGUACCUGAGCCCUCUGGUUCUGAGGAAAGAGCUGGAGAGUCUGCUGGAGAACGAGGGCGAGGCGGUGCUCGCUCAGCCUCAGUUCCUCGACAGUCACUCCAUCAUCUUCUGGAACCUGGUCUGGUAUUUCCAGCGCCUCGGCCUCCCCUGUAACCUGCUGCAGCUCGUCAGAGCCUCGCCGCUCGUCAGCAGCUUCACACAGUCGGACAGCUCGGCAGUGAGUGUGAGGCUCCUGUGGGACACCCUGACCCCUGACACAGACCAGUGGCCCCCCCUCUACAUCCUCUGGAGGAUCCACAGUGGCGUCCAGAUGAGAAGCUACAGCUGGCGGAGACACAACCACCCGUUCACCCUGUCCUUCCUGGAGGAGGUGCUGCGCUGGGUCGGCAUGAACGAGGUGCACAAAGCCGUCACGCUCUUCCUGGACACGAUGGCUAAACAGCCGGCGUCCCCCAGAAUACAGAGGAGUUUGUACAGAGAGUUCCUCUUCCUCACGCUGGCAGCUAUGGGCAAAGAUCACGUCGCGGCGUUCGAUAAGAAGUACAAGGUGGCGUACUCGCGGCUCAGCAGCACCCUCGGCCGCGAGGAGCUCAGAAAGAAGCGAGCGCAGCCGCUUAGCCCCAAAGCCGUCGACUGCAGACGCAGCUUCCACCCGCCUCUCGAAUGCUGAUCGACCCCAGAACGCAACAUCCCGUUCUGACGACUCCCGCUGCGUACGAGCCUGCGAAGGGGAAACCUGUACACCCAGGAUCCCCGCUGCCUGCUUCUGCUUGUGUUCCCCACCUCUCUGCUGCCCCCUGGUGGAUGUCAGAGGGUGGCGUUGCUCCCUCCUGUCCUCUGUACCUCUGUUUGUGAAUCCAGCUGCUCUUUGUCUCGAGUAACGAUGGCCUCGGCUGAACGAGCAGCAGACGGAGCUGAGCUCAACUGACUAGAGGAGCGAGCGUCACGUGUUCGAUGCUCGAGGUCGUGCAUGUCCAGAAACAUCAGCUGUGUCGGUGUAAACUUGUCUUCCUCUUGUUUUAAAAUACACAAGCAGACGACAAAGGUUUCUGCAGGAGCUCGUCUCUGCUGUAUGCUGGGAAUCUUCUGAGGACAGAGGGGGGGUUGUUUUGAAAAAGAGUCCAAUAAGGAUUAAAGGGACAGUUCCAACACUUUAAACUUUACAUUUCUCCCAAAUAACAAACUGUGAGAACAUUUCAGUCCGAUCGUUCAGCUUCUCAUAACAAACAGGAUCCAAAACGAAAUCCUCCCAUUCAACCUUUGACCCUUAGAACAGGUCCGUACCCGACAGAGAACUGAUAAGAACUGAAUCAUUGGCUCCGGUUCUUCAGUUAAAGUUUUCUGAGUCGGAUCCAGACCGUUGUCCUCUCUUCGCAUCGUCGGAAGAACUAAAGUAAAUUCUCUGGUCGUCAGUUUUGUGGCGAGAGCUUUGUUCGUUAGAUUCGUCGGAGCAGAACCUCGUCUGUGUUCAACGUCAUUGAGAAGUUUAAAAUAGGUUCUUGUUCGUUUGAUGUGAGAAACGUAAAAAAGAGGAAAAACACGAGACUCACGUUUCUGCAUCGACUGCUGAUCUGUCUAAUGAUGUAAAAUCUGUACAAUAACAAAAUGUAGAUAAAGUUAUUUAUGACCUAAUGAAACUCAGUUUGUGCAGUAACGUGAAUCUGACACUUUUUUACAUCGUCCAGAUGUUUUCAGCUUCCACGCGGAGAAAAGUAUU